AUGACUUCGUUUCAGAUUUUGUCUCUCAUUACAGCAGCUACUUCUGUUGUAGCACUCGCUGGGACACCAAAUGUCUACGCCAGUGGCCGCCGAGGCUCAUGCUAUGAUGAUAAUGCAGCUGACAAUACAUGCUGCUAUUCAUCACCUGCGAGACUAAUUCAGACUCAAGUCUGGGAUACACGACCAGUCACUGGACCUUUAGACUCAUGGACGGUUGGUGGACUCUGGCCAAUCCAUAACGACGGCUCCCUCCCUACCAACUGCGACACCAACCGUACAUAUACAAACAUCACACGGAUUCUCUACCAUGCCGGUGCUGAAGAGACCAUUGACGAGAUGAACAACCUCUGGGAGUCGCCCGAUGGAGACAACGACGAGCUCUGGCAAGAUCAAUGGGCUAAGUAUGGCACAUGCUUUAGUACCUUAAGCCCGGAGUGCUUCAGCGACUAUGAAGUCUCCGAAGAAGCAGUCCCGUACUUCCAAAAAGCCAUGUCUCUCCACAAGAGGUUACCCACAUAUGAGUGGCUUCGUGACGAUGGCAUUAUCCCUUCGUAUUCCAUGUUUUAUCGGCUCUCAGACAUCCAAGAUACACUAGAGGACCACCAUGGCUCCCGCGUGUCACUUCGCUGUGCUGGACAAAGACUACGAGAAAUUGGGUAUCACUUCAAUGUUACAGGGACCCUGCAAGAUGGCUUCUUCACUGACUCGGGAGCAUUCGGGGACUUGGAUGAUUGUCCAGAGCUGGUGUUGUAUGAACCUAAGGGGGAGACCAAGAAAGCGAUUUUUAACUUUGAGACGUUUCAUCCGCAUACCGCUGCGGAUGUGGAGGACCUUUAG